AAAAUGCUCUUAUCUUUCUGUUUUAGAGUCAAACACUUGAAUCGACUAUUUGUAUUUAUUGGGAAACCGCGGCAUAUAAUAUUGUAAUGUCUUUACUGUGGUGAAAUAAUUUAAGUAAAGGAAUGGACGAUAUCAGUAAUGAAUUUACUAUAAUAGACGAAGGCACAGAUGAGGGUGCUGAUGACAGCGAAGAUGCUCAUAGUGCAUCAUCUUUUAAUGUUUCUUCCUUAAGACAACCAACCCGUAAAAAAAGAGAAACAGAUAUUCGUAAAACCACCAGGACAUGUUUGGAAGAGUUGCAUGGUGCCCUUCUUCACCACCAGUGGACUAAAGCUGCUGAGUUCAUGCAGAACUACAUCCAAGUUCUAGAAGAUCCAAGCAGUCAACAGAAAAUGCAUUCAUCACAGAGAGUGUGGAGAAUGGGAGCGGAGAUUCUUCGACAUCACCCAGAUGCUACUGUUGAAGACCUUAACUCUUUUUAUGACAGGAUGAAACACUUGCAUAUGAGUAACUAUUUAAAGGUAAGUCUUGAACAUGCUUUUUACUUGAUAUCUAAAGAUAAGAUUGAAGAUGCAAAGAGACAACUAUCCUUAGCAGAAAGCUGGCGCUAUGGAAAAUUCUCUGCUUCACAAGAGAAAAUCGCAAAGCUCAUUCAGGCAUACCAUGGUUUGCUGGAUUUCUCCAUCUGGAUCACAAAGAGGAAUCAAUUGGUAGAAAAUGGAAGCCAUGAUUUUGCAGAUACAGCUUCAAACCAGGAGAUGCACACCUACUUUCGUCAGGCAUCUUCUAAAUUUCAUGAAGUAAUUAAACAGCCUGGUGUUUGGGAUCCCUUUGUACUUUGUUUUGUAAAGUUAUUGGAAUUCUAUGAUGAUUAUAAUGGGGCUGUGCAAGUCCUCAACAAUUAUGCAUAUAAUGAUGGAUUUCCAGCGAAUCCCAAUGCUCAUAUCUACUUGUACAAGUUUCUAAAGAAAAAUAAUGCUGACAUGAAGAAGCUUGUUAAAGUGCUUAGGGUUUUGCAUAUUUUAGUACCAAGCCACAAAUUAAUGUUCAAAUUAUGUUCACUUCUCGAUGGGUUAGAUAAAACAAAAUAUCAGCAAGAAUCCCUGAAAAUCCUGUUUGAUCUUUUGGACUAUUCAGAUUGGAAAAAUAAUCUUAAAGUGUGGAAACGACUUAAAAAGAAGAUCAGUCUUCUUAUUAAAUUGGGGCAUUCUGAGUGGAUUAACGAACAAUGGGAGUCCAGAAGAGAUUGGUGGCCUGCAUUUCAUUUCAGCACUUAUCAAGCAAAAAGAAAUGUAUCAGACAAUUUAAACUUAGCCUGCAAAAAAGCAACCGUCGCAGGAUUUCUGUUGUCAAAACGGUGCAGAUAUUUCAAAGUUGUUUACAAAGAGGGAAUGAAAGCCAACCCAAAACUGAUGAAGAAAAUGAAAAAACGCAUAGAAAAAUCCAGUAUUGCCUCUCAAAGUUAAUGUUACACAGAGGACUCCGUCUCGACACGUAGCCUUUUGAAGACGCGUCCGUAACCAUUUUUCCAGAGAGGCAGUAUAUUGUUAACGAGAGAGCCCAGCAGGUGGGUUGUUCCCAGUAAAAGUCCACUAGUUCUCUUUGAACUUUUUUAAAUGUUAUUUUAUUGCUUCACAUGCUGCUCGAUUACUAGAGAAUGUCAACAUUCUUAAGUAUGUGUGAUCUGUCAGACUCGGUUAUACGAUUCACAGAAAACACAAACAAUGCACACAUUUUUGUUUAUGACUAGGAAGAGAAAUGACAGAAUGAGAAAAAUGAAUUGCAUGAUGCAAAUACCUUUUUUUUUCUACUAUUUAUUUCAUUAUAAAACUGUUAUACUUUAAUGGCAAGUGGCAAUAUUGUAUAUAAAAAAAAAAAAAAACACUUUUGCUAAGAGAACAAAUC